CAGAAAUAUUAACGUCUUAUUUUCGUAUGAAUUUGGCAUGGGCAGUUCUACAACUGCAGCUUGUCAAUAUAGUUAAAAACGUUAUAAUAUUUAAAAGUUGAUUUAAUUUUUAAGGAAACAUAAAAGGAAAUUACAUGAUUAAUCAUAGUGUAAAAAUCGUAUAUCAUAAAUUAAGAUGUACAGUUUGUAAAAAAAAAAUGACAAAUCACUGACGCACAUGUUAGCUGAAAACACCAAACGAGAUUGAAAAUGAAAUAUUACAUCUACAUAUUAUAUGUGGCCAUUUCGAAGUGGUUCAGUGAAGUGGAAGGACAUGGUCGACUGGUUGAUCCGCCAUCCAGAUCCAGUAUGUGGCGAUAUGGAUAUAAAAAUCCACCAAAUUACAAUGAUAAUCAACUUUAUUGUGGUGGAGCUCAAGUGCAAUAUGAAAUGAGCAAUGGCAAGUGCGGAGUGUGUGGAGAUCCUUGGCCAGGCCCACGUGACAAUGAAGAAGGUGGUAAAUAUGCAAAUGGCAUUAUUGUAAGAACAUACGACCCAGGAGAAGAAAUUACAGUAACAGUUGAACUUACUGCAAGUCACAAAGGUUAUUUCCAAUUCAAAUUAUGUCCAAGAAAUGAUCCACUGCAGAAAACAACACAACGGUGUCUAGAUAAUUAUGUCUUGGAACUUGCAGACGGAAGUGGCAAUAGGUAUUAUAUCCCGAACAAAAAUGGCUACCAAACUUUAGUCGUCAAACUCCUUCUCCCAGAAAAUGUAAAGUGUCGUGACUGCACAUUUCAAUGGAAAUACAAUGCGGGAAAUAGCUGGGGCGUAGAUUCAAGUGGUAGAGGAUGCUUGGGAUGUGGGAAUCAAGAACAAUUUUAUGGAUGUGCAGAUAUUGCAAUUGGGUACGAUGACAUUGACGAAGGUGAUUCCUUAAUCACUGGAGAUAACUAUAAAACAAAAAAUUACAGUCCACCUCCUCCUCCUGUUACUAGUGAAGAGCAAACACAAGAUACAAAUACAAAUACAAAUACAAACUGGGACGAUGAUGACACACCGACUAGUUUUUGGGACUCGUUAGUAAGCCAUACAGAUAAGGGGAGUGAAGUGACACUAUUAGAGGAAUUCGAGAAACUACAACGAAUGUUCAAAAACAAAAAUAUUAGACCAUGCGUGUGUCACAGUUGUGUAGGUAAUACUUGCGUGUGUGAAUGCCUACCACAUUCACGCGCACACAGUUUUAUAUCCGAUGGUGUCAGUGCUUGGCUUAUGUAUGUUUUAAGUGUACUGUCAUGCUUAAUACCAAUUAUUUUGAUGUGAUUUAAUUCAAGUUAUUAUGUCUCAUCUUCUGUGUAACUUUUACAAAGUUACAAACUACACGUCUGUGAUAAGUAGCGUAUAUGAAAGGCAAAAUUACACAAAGCGCUUUGCUUAAUUUAUUGUCUCAAAAUGCUGAACACAGUUUAAAGUGCCAUUAACAUUGAAGAAAUCGUAUAUUGGAUUUGUCAUUACAUUUUCUAAUAUGGAUAUUUCAACAGGAGAAAGUGUUGGAAGAGAAUUAAAGACCGAAUUUCUAUUACAGAUUCUUUUUCUGUAUUACAGUUUUAUUUGACUUGUUUACCAAAAAAUAAAAGUGCUGAUGAAUCA